CUCUCUGCCGUGGCUUUAAAGCUUGAACCAAGUACACACCCCACCCUACUCACGCCCCUCCUCUGCUUCUUCUUCAAAUAAUUAAGGACCAAGCCUGUCCCUUCUUAUUGCCCACCACUAAAAGCUUCGAUUUUUCCUUAUAUUUAUCAAACUAACUAAUCGGCAAACCUAUCCUUCUUUCUCUAAUUAAAUACCCAUUUCUUCCUUCAUUUCGUUUCUCUCUUCUCCCUUGCUAGUUGCUAGACCCCACCAGAAUUUAAGAACACACAGAAGUGGAUAAUCUCUGUAGGAAGACAUUGAAAGAGAGAGAGAGAGAUGAGUGGUGCCAAUAAUGGAGGUGGGCCUUGCGGUGCCUGCAAGUUCCUUCGGCGAAAGUGUCUCAAAGGGUGCAUUUUUGCACCUUAUUUUGACUCGGACCAGGGCACGGCUCACUUUGCAGCAGUGCACAAGGUGUUUGGUGCUAGCAAUGCCUCCAAGCUCCUCCUCCGCAUACCUGCACACAAGCGGUUUGACGCAGUUGUUACUCUUUGUUAUGAGGCCUUGGCAAGGGUUAGAGACCCUGUUUAUGGCUGUGUUGGCCACCUCUUUACUCUUCAACAGCAGGUAGUGAAUUUACAGGCGGAGUUGGCUUACAUUCAGGCCCGUCUUUCAACAUUGCAGAGGCUGCCUUUGGCGCAAGCACAGGCUCCACCAGCUCAAAGUCCCUGCCAAACAAGUAUAGGAUCAACUUCAGUGGUAGCAUCUAAUUCAAAUGUAUCAAUGCAUUUUGAUAAACUACAACAGGUAUCAACGGAAUUCACAAGCCUCUCUAACCCAUUGGAUGAUUUAGAUCAUCAACUUGUCAAUGAUGAUGAUCUUCAGGCCUUGGCUCGUGACUUUGUGUCUAGAUACUUGCCAGGAGUCAGAUUCAAGCCUCCAAGUCCAAGUUCUCAAUAGAUACUUUUUUUUACCCAUUGUUGAACUGGGUUUGGCUCCUCUUAUGUGUACUGCUAGCAUGCAUCUUGUAUUUGAUUUCAGGUGUUAUGAAAUCGUACUCUGUUUUAAGCAUGGGCUUAGGCCUUAAGAGAAUAGUUCCACUUCAUUAUAUAGGAGCAAUGCCUCCAAGGCUUCAACUUCCCUUUGGAGGCCCCUCAGCCCAUGUUCCACUGUAAAACUAUUAUGCUUCUUAGCAUGCAUGCCCAAAUUCUUGUAAGGAAAAACUUUUUUUUU